AUGGUCCAAGACGGAAAGGUUGUCAGUAUACUCGACUGGGAAUACGCUGCCUUUUUCCCGAUUUGGUAUGAGUAUGUUUCGGCCUCGUUGGGGUUUACUGAUAUGGAUGUCGAAUGGAAAAAGUUGCUCCAGGAGCGCCUUGGCGUACAUGGCGAGGCGCACGAAAAUGCUAAGGCGUUUUGGACAGAUAUGCGUAAUCUGAGGCAAUACCCAGUUCUGGAUGAGAAAGGUCAAGAAACCUUACAGAGACUGUCUUGA